CCUCAUUCUUGUCACACAAGAUAGACUGCUAUCGAUACUGCCUCGUUGCUCCUGGAAUACGCCAGGAGUGUCAGACCGAGUCGAGAGUCCGAGUAAAGGAGGGCCUCCUUUAUUGCAUGCAUCGCAUCGCAGAUCACCCGCUCAUACUCUAGCUUCAAAGCAGUGAUCAUGAGCAGCUUUGAGGUCCAGUCCCUCUUCUAUCAGGGUGCUUACAAGGGCUGCAUCGAACUCGCCUCUUUGCAGUCGGUAGACCCUUCGAACCAAGCCACUCAACAGAAUCUUCUCUACGCAGCCCGUUCUCACAUCGCGCUGUCAGACCCAGGUAAGGCGCUGGCGCUGCUCCCUGCAAGCCUGGCCGAGGGCAACAUCGCGGUCGGCGCGGUACGUCAGCUUGCAAAAUUCGUAGCAAGCCAGCAGCAGGGAAAUGCGAAGUCAUCAGAUGAAGCGCUAGCCAGCCUUAUUGAGCUUCUCGAUGAGGCUGUAGUCGGCGAUCCCAAGGGAGAGGUCGUCAGGGUGUGCGCCGGGACAGCAAUGGCACGGGAUGGCGACCCUCUUGGUGCUCUCGAGACGCUCGAUGUUGCCAGUGAAAAGGAAGGGAAAAACAAGGAGCUCGAAUGCGUCGCGCUCGGCAUUCACAUUCUGCUCAGCAUCAACCGAGUUGACCUCGCGCAGAAGGAAUUUACUGCUGCCCGGUCCUGGGCUGAUGACUCGUUGCUGAUCCAACUCAUCGAAGCCUGGAUCGGCCUUGUGCAAGGUGGCCGUUCCUCACAGCAAGCGUACUACGUCUACGACGAGCUCGCGCAGAACCCCGCGCAAGCUGGCAAGCCCAGCACUGUCAACGUUCUCACAGGCAAAGCAGCGGCACAGAUGGUGCUUGGACAAUGGAAAGCAGCAGCAGCCACGUUGGAACAUGCAGAGAAGCUUGAUCCUAGCAACGAAUCAGUUCUCGCCAAUCGCGUUGCGCUUGCCCCGCAUCUGAGUCGGACACCGGAAUCAUUGGCCGAGGCCAUGCAAAAACUGCAAGCUCGGAACACAAAACAUCCGGUGCUAAUUGCAUACAACGAGCGGGAGGCUGCUUUCGAUGAGGUGGCAGCCAAAUUUACCCUUUCAUCGGAAGCCUAAUCUUCAAGGUGAUCAAAGACAUAGAGACUGCAUUGCAGGGAGCCUAUUGAUACAGCAGUGCACUGGAGGUCGCUCUCGAAGGCAUCAAAGAGUGGUGAAAUGCUUGUGUGAUAGUAGUGGCCUCAGCUGGCAGGGGCCGCUCCCUGUGCUGCAUUUUCAUCCUGCCCCGGUUUCGCACCGCCCAUGAGGAAGC